AUGGAGGCCGUGCCGCCACCGGCUGGCGUGGGCAUCGCCUCGCCGACAACGCUGUCACAUAACAGCGACGAGGGCCAUGGUAACACGCUGAUGGCAGGAGGUGAUCUCGAUGGAGAUCUUGUGCAAGUUAGUUUCAACGAGAAGCUUAUUGCCCUCAUGCGAGCCACACAAGCAGCUGUCGAGCGGCUCGCCCCGCUUCGCUGGCGGCUUGAAGCAGAUGUCAUCGACUCGAUGACGGAGCCCGCCACAGGUUGGGAGAAUGGCGGCGCGGAAGCGCGAGGCCAUUCGCCUGAGUGCUGUCCUUUCAGAUUCUGCUGCGGUGGUUAG